CAAUUCAUAGGAAAUCAGAAUACGGCUGUGUCUCCACGCGGGUGUGUGGAUCGUCUCAAGAACGUGUGUUGUGUUGGUUUCCAGUUGCAGAGCACAGGGACUCGACAAGAAGCGAUGAUGGAGGGUUUAAUACUUCCAAAAAGUGAAAGCGGUUUGGACAGCACUGUAGAAAUACAUAGAACGAUGAAAAGAAAAAUGGCUCUGUCAAACUGUGAAGCCUGCGGCUGCAGGGAAGCUAAGUACAGAUGCCCAGGGUGCACGAAGCAUUCCUGCAGCUUACCCUGUGUGAAGAGGCAUAAAUCAGAGAGUGGAUGCAGUGGGGUCCGAGACAAGGCUGCGUUUGUACCCGUUGGUAAAUUUGAUGAAAUGAAUCUUCUCAGCGAUUACAGGUUUCUGGAAGAUACAGGGAGGCUGGCAGAUGGUGCUAACAGGGAUGCUCUUAUUCACAAGCCUAUAUCAAACAAAUUUCUCAGAUUUCUGAAAAGCAGGGCUCGAAAAUUCGAUCUAGAGCUGAAAUUCCUGCCUAUCGGAUUCACAAAAAGAAAAGAGAACACAACAUUCUUCAACAAAAGGGACAAUAAGUUCUUCUGGCAUCUGAAGCUGAUUUUUCCACAAAGCCACACCGAAUAUGUAGCAAGGAGGGUACCUGAUGACAGAACACUUGAUGAGAUCCUAAACUUGUAUAUCCAUCCAACGGAAUCUGAUCCCACAAUUCGUCAGAAGUUGAAGGUGUAUGUUCUGUCCUCUUGCACACAAAAGAUCUUCAUGAAAGUGGAAAACAGGAAGUCAAACUCACUCAGGUAUUAUGAGCUGGAUUCCAAGAAGAGCCUUCUUGAGAACCUGAAGAACAAGACUGUAAUUGAGUACCCAGUGCUUCAUAUAGUACUCGAAGAUCACUUCCAUCAGUAUGUGGGUCUUGGACAAGCAGAGACCAAAGAAGGGAAUGAAGAAUCCUCAGCAGGUAUUCCAGUUAAAGAGUCAGAGGAGCAGGAAGAAGGGGAAAUCCAGGAUGAUACUGAUGGAGUUAAGGCUAUCGGACAGCAGUAUGUGAUACAAACUUUAAAUCCAGAAUGAAUUGCAAAGUUCUUGCUACUUUCUAAUGUCACUGGCACCCCCCCCCCCCCACCCCGCUUUUUUGUUAAAUGAUGCCUUCAAAGAACCUCCAUUUUUACGUAAACAGUGUAUAUGUUUUAUUAUGGUAUUUCAACAGUGGCUGUUUUGAAAAGAAAACGUGUUGUGCACUUUUUAUUUCUGCACUGCCAUUGUUAAUCUCCAUGUUUUAUUUUUAUUAAUUUGUCACAAGGAGAAGCAUUACCUGAUAGCACAGUGUACUUUGGCACUUGGGUAAAAGCGAAUUAUUUGCUUUCAAUGAGAUGUGAUGAAUGUGGUUGUUUUAUGUCAUCUAUAUCUCUACAGAUGAGAGGCUGAUUACAUAAUGAACUUUGAGAUGUCUGUGGUUUCCCAAGUGUAUUAAUAUGCACUCAUGCAUUUGGUUCUGUCAAGAUUCAUACUGUGGUUUUCAAUCAAUAUCUUCGACAAAGUUUGUACAGAGGAGAAUGCAAUACUAAAUACAUUUUAUUGAGUACAGGGAAUGUUUGUAUAAAAGCCUUGUGCAUAACAGUUGAACAUUUGACCUAUGUACUUCUGUAUCCUUACUGAGUCGAUGUGUUUUAUUUUUUUUUAUUGAACCAUUUUGUGUAGAAAACAAUGGAACUUGUCAGGUAGCACCACUAAAUUGCUGGGAUAAGGCUGUCCUAGCAAGUCUAUGGGGGCCUAUAACAGAGCCGCUGUGAUGCAAGAUGUUCAACAUACCACUCUUUUUUUUUUUUUAUUACCCCAUGUUACAACUGUUAGUUUGCACAUUUUUGCAUUUUCCCUUCAUCCAGAAUGUGUUUUAAGUGGCUUUUGAAUCAACCUGUGCAUUGCAUACACUAUAAACUGUUUGCAGUGGAGUUGCACGUUGAGAUGUCUGGAUAUGAGUUUCACUGUGACCAGAGCCAUACAGAUGUGUCUCCAGGAAGACUGCAUGGACACAGGACACUCAGGAACACCCAGAGAACUCCCAAAAAGAACUGCGACUGAUGGAUGUGACCAGGCGGAGCAGAGAGCACCUGACAAUAGGAGUCCUGCACAAAGCUGUACAUGACCCACUGCAGCACACACUGUCCUUCCAGGGGGCUCCUUCUGGAGUCUGUACGUGUGCACCUCUGUUCACGCAUUCAUUUUACAUUUUAAAUUAGUAUUCUCUUUGUGAGGUGAAACCAACCAUACGAGGAAUAUAAAAACAAAAUUCCAUGGAAAAAACAACUUGUCUUUUUACAUUGUUCUGUUUUAUUUUUUUCUGAAAUGCAUUUUUUCAUCUAAUCAAAACCAGGUAUCUUUUGGUCUGCCUUUGCCAAAAAAGAUGAAAAGAUCUACGAUUUAGUGGGGUUUGGAGAUUCAAAGGUUUUUGUACUCUUGCAAGCUAAAUGCAAAAGAAAAUUAAAAGUGGACCUUGUG